AGCAAAAAAUAAUAUAAGACACUGUCUUAUUUUCAGGGAAACACGGUUUUAUAGUUAUAGCUAGAGACUGCUGAAAAUAAAUAAAAAUGUUGCUGGACUUUCAAGUAUUAGGAACUAACCCUAGAUCCUGCACACACCUUUGUUCACACUUUUCUCCCACACUUCCUUCCCUUAUCAACAUCUUCUGAAUUCUGUCCUGUUUGGAAAUAAAAAUCAUUUUUAAAGAACAAGCAAUGGUUAAAAAAAUAUCUCUGUAUUUUAUUGUCAAUGUUAAUUGUCAUGACAUUUUUCUUUUGGUGGCAAGGGGCAGAGAGAAGAACCAAUUGUAUUGCAAGCGGCAUAUCAUUUAUUGCCACUUCUUUCAAAAACAUAUUUUCGAUAUUGCUCAUCCAAUCUUAAUGCUUCAUGGUUGAUUGGGUUUUUUUUUAGUAUGCUAAGUUCCUGGAAUGCGGUCCCCUUUUCCUUUCUUAUCCAGUGCAUUUAUGAUAGCAAUUAUUCUUGUAGGAAAACAGUGUUGUAGAAGUAAAAUUCUGAUGUUUUUAAUAUGGUUCAUGCAAACUAUAAAUGGGUUUUUAAAACAACUUUGUUUUGGCAAAUCAAAUAAGUAUACAUUCAUGAUCUUAUUUGGCCAGUCUUGUUAAAAAGUUGGUCGUUAUCCAAUAUUGGUCAUUAUCCAGUGAAACGUUGCUUGGUUACAGCUUCUGUUUAUCUCAGAUUACAGAAACUUACUUUGUGAUCAUUCACGGAAAAGACAAGGUGUGGUUUCUACAAAGUCCUAGAUUGUGACAAUGUUGAAAAAUAAAUAUCAAGCCAGAGUCUUUGACCCAUGCUGUCUGUUUUCUUUGUCAGGUUGAAGUAAUACACAAAAUGGAUUCUUCAAGAUCAUCUUCCAUAGGAAGUGAUGAUUAUGAAAAUGUCUGCAAGCAAGGCUUCUUCAGAAAAUCUCCCCCAGUCCAUCUUUUCACGAAUCAGACAUCCUGGAAAAAACGAUACUUUAUCCUUUCCAAGUCAAUCAAGAAUGGUUAUGUCCUGAGGUAUUUCAAAGAACAACAGUUAAAGGGCUGCAUUGAAAUUAAUGAAACUUCAAAAAUUGAAAUUGGCAUAGCUGAUUGUGAGAAAAUGGCAAUGGUGAGGAAGAUGUUUAAAUGCGUGCCCACAGAAGUGAUGACCAUCAGAACAGGGAGCAGAGAUUUCUACCUUAUUGGAACAGACAGCAAAGAAGUUGAGGAGUGGGCCAAUCUCCUAUAUGAAACUUGCAGAGAAAAAGUGGUUGGAGUAACAAGCAAAAUGGACAAUCCAAGAAAAUCCUCCAUAGAAAAUUAUUAUUGUGAAGAAGUCUGCAAGCCUAUUCCCUUCAAAAGAUCACCUCCAGUCCAGAGGAAAUUGGAACUCAGAACUCGGUCAAAAUCCUCACCUGCUUGUCUUGAUGAAAAGCAUGAUGAGCAGUGCCAUGGCAAUGAAUGUGAAGAGUUACUGACAACUAUUUCCAAGGAAAGACCAACAUCAGAGCCUAUUCGUCAAGUCCCCUCUGAAGACGACCAUGUUUAUGAGUCACCAAGAAAAAUUAUGCAACGUCUACGACGUCUAACACAUAGUCCACUUGAUGAACAGUCAGGUGAAGAUUAUGAGAAAGAGAACUAUUAUGCUUCUCCAAGGAGUAUUCAAGCUCAGCUGAAUGAGACCAAUCCUGAAUUUAGCAGUUCAGAUGAAGAACAGUCCAAUGACGACGGAGGAUAUAUGUCCAUGAAAGACAUGAGUCAAUUGAUAGCAGAAGAAGACUUUCUAUCUACAUCAGCCGAGUCUAUAUUGCCAACCACUCCUUCAGUAAAAGAAAAUAGUGUGAAUCCACAAGUAAUACAGGACAGUCCCCUGAAACCAACACCAUUACCCAGGAAAGCCAAACCAGGAAAAAUGCCCAAAAUAUCAUUUCUAUCAGUGGUUCAGCUGUCCAUAAUUCUUAGCAAAAUCGCAAAAGACAAUCAGAUGCAAGAAGUAGUUCUUCUCUUUCCCCAGAGUGAUUUUAUUAAGUGUCUAACGCUUACAGAAGCUUCUGGUCAUAUAUGUGUCUCCCAGUGGAGUGACCCACAUCACUUAGGAUGUAUUUUUCACCAAGGGGAUUGCAUAGUGGCCGUGAAUGACAUGCAUGUCAAGAACAUGGAUGACAUUUCUUUGUUCACAAGCAGAUCCACAAGAAAAGAGGUAAAAUUGACCAUACAUCGUCUCCCAAAUUCAGAAAUUUUACAUGCCAAAGGCUGUAAGUGCCUCUAACGAAGAAAAUACCAUGAGAAUCUUCACCGAACACAGAGCCAGUCUGACAUAAAUUUGACUGGUUGCACAUAGAAGAGAGGCAAUGGAGGCACAUGGACUUUAUGCCAACAGUGUUUUCAGUGCUGCCUGAAGAAUAUUGUUAAUAGUACUGUCCAUCCUUGCUGUAUCUUCAACAGAAAUUUCAUCUUGCAAGCAAUCCCUUUUUUCUUGAAGCACCACUUGGAGUGUAUCAGAUUAAGACAGACCGUCUGCCCUUGCAAAUUUUCAAAAGAAAUAGUAGAGAAGAGGCAUUCACAUCUAAGGCCUUCUGAAAAAGACUGUAUUGGUCACUGAUGCUCUUUCUUCAACCCUCCAUUCUGCAUUAUUCCUGGAACAGAGACCAAUGUUGUUAUCAUGUAUCUAAAUUGCCUCAAUAUAGUAUCAAAUUAAGUGGAGCCUUGGCAUCUGCUAGGGUUUGAUUUCCUGUGGAUAAGAUACCCAAACCCAUGGAUGCUCAAGUCCCAUCAUGGUGUAGUAACAUUAUGACCUUAUAGAAAAUGGUGAGAAGCUCAAAGGAAUGCUGGAGGAAGCCCGAGGACCUGUGAAAUGAAAGGUGGCUACAGCAGGUUAUGACUAUACAUGAGCCUAGUGCUUGGCACAUGGCAAAAGCAAGCUUUGCUAUGGGGAUAUUUUUAAAAUAUAUUUUUGCACCUCGGUUGGCUGAAGAUGUGUUGCAAAUCAUACACAUAAAUUAAAGCCAAGCUGGAGGCAAACUCUCUGAGUGAAGAAACCAUCUAUCUUUUAAACUUCUAUUUAUUGUAGAAAUAGUCUUAUGGUGAAUUGUAAACGACUGGCAUUUUAUUUCAGUAGCAAAGGAAAAAGAACCUGUGGUAACUGACAUUUGUUUGAGAAUACUUUGCAUUGUUUAUACACCAUGAAAUAUCACACUAAAUUAAAUCUGUUGUCUUAAAAUGAUCAUAAUACUCUUUAUUCAUAUGAUGAAAAUAAUUUCUAGAUGAUUUAUGAGCAAGCACUUGCCAGCACUAGAGAGUUAGCAAUGACUAUUGCUUGGAAAUCUAGUAGAGUUGAUUCUAUGUCUGUCAGUUUCAUACACUGGGUAACUUUAAACAAGCCAGGCUCUUUCAGUUUCAGAGGAAGACAAAGGCAAAUCACCCUCUGAACUAUCUUGCCAUGAAAAUCGCCUUAUGACCACCAUAAAUCAUAAAUGGAUUGAAGUCAUACAAUAACAAGAAGUUUCCAAAUGGAAGUACAGUAGAGUCUCACUUAUCCAACAUAAACAGGCCGGCAGAAUGUUGGAUAAGCGAAUAUGUUGGAUAACAAGGAGGCAUUAAGGAAAAGCCUAUUAAACAUCAAAUUAGGUUAUGAUUUUACAAAUUAAGCACCAAAACAUCAUGUUAUACAACAAAUUUGACAGAAAAAGUAGUUCAGUAUGCAGUAAUGCCAUGUAGUAAUUACUGUAUUUACAAAUUUAGCACCAAAAUAUCACGAUGUAUUGAAAACAUUGACUACAAAAAUGUGUUGGAUAAUCCAGAACGUUGGAUAAGUGAGACUCUACUGUAGUUGUACAAGCCUGUGUACUUGUCAGGUGAACAACUGACCUCAAUAAGAAGCGUUUCCAAUAAGUACUCUUUAGUUCUGAGAGUCCUGGUAAAAUAUCUGGCAUAAAUCCAAUUGUUGGGUCCAAGUAGACUAGAUCUGUUGAAACAGUCAGAACUUUGUAACAUUCUGUCUCUCUAGUUGGGACUGUCAGUUACACUUAUUUCAUGUUAAUCUAUUUAGAAAUGUUCUCCUUCAUAAUAAGAUAUGUUUUCAUUUUUAUCCUUGUAAUAUAUUAAUGUAAUGUCAUAAAUAUACAUAUAAUUGAUACACUGUAAAGACAGAUUAAUGCUUCUGAGCUUACUGAGUCUUACUCAUACAAAACAAAAA